AUGGACGAGGCAGACAUCAGACGAAUGGUAGAAGAAGGCAUUUCGCAUUCAGAAAUAAGCUAUAGAUUGAGGCGAAGACAUCCUGGAGUUAGAGGACUUUCUGAGAGAUCGGUGAGAAGAUUUUGCUUUGAAUACGACAUCCUAAAUCCCAUACCCUAUUACGCUCAAUACUGUGGUCACAAAAUGCACAUAGACCAGAAUGAAAAGCUUGUGAUGUAUGAAGUUACACAUGUCCUCGCCAUUGACGGCUAUAGUGGAUUCAUUCUUGGCAUCAUUACAAUACCUAGCUUGACUGCAGAUGUGAACGUACGCGCCAACAAUGAGAGCUCAGAGAUCAUUGAGUGA